UUCAAUGAAAUGAGGUGCUGCAGGUAAAGGCAUGUUUUUAAACACACAAAUUGCAUAAUUCCUCCAAACUUAACUACCUUUCGUAGCAGUACAUCCUGGUUUGAAUCGAGGUGACGAAGAAAACGUUCAUGUUUUCCCGGCUGCUCUCCUUGGAAAGUGACAAUAUCAUGGAGUGAGUGAGUGUCCGCUGAGUCUAUGGUAGCCUGAUCGUUCUAUCAUAUACUAAUAGAAUGAUGGACUCACUCAUAGGACAUGUGAUGCGGAAAAAAACUAAACUAGAAAUACACAGUCUCUAAUGCUGUGGGUUGGAGGGCAGAGGAGAUGCAGGAGAUGCAUCUCAGACAGAAAAAAAUGCAGGACAGUUUUCCAAAUCUUUAAUGAAUGUAUGGUUUUAUGAUAAAAGGCAAACAUUUUCAAAUGCGACAGCUUUUACUGAUUUUACACACUGGAGAGAUGAGACAUUUUAAAAAAGGAAUAAUGGAAUGCAGAUCAUUAAUUUAAAAUAAGCUGCUCCAGAUGUGAUGAGCUGAGAAAUGAUUGGCGCCAAAAAUAAUGACCUAUUUACCUUUAAAAGGUACUUGUAAGGAUGUUUGUUUCCUAACAUUAGUUUUGUUUUUUGCAACAAAGAAUAAAAUACAGUCAGUCUCUGAUCCUGCACGCCACAUCCUCCUUGUUUCAUGAUUUGGUUUGGUCCAGGUGCCAGCGUUCUUACAUUAUGCUGAGCAUUAGAGAGCUAAGACAGUAGGACGGCCCUGUUAAAAGUAAGAUCUGUGUUUCAAAAGAGAGAGAGACAGAUGGACAUUAAAAAAUUUCUUAAAAAGAGCAAAAUCUCAUGAGGUUCAUGGAUGUACUGUAGUAGGACAUGAAGAGGGUUGGUGUGACAAAAGAGGAUGCUAAGGAUAGAGGUCCACAUUCAGAGGUGCAACCUGCCCACCAAGUCUAUUGUUACGAAAUAAAAACUAUGUGUGUGACGUAUAGCAGAACUAUAAAUAUGUAUUUUGCCUGGCAAGGCUUUCAGAACUGGGGUACAUCUUGGUCUCUGCGAAGACGUACCCCUGUCGCCAAAAGAAUUCAAAAGAACGGAAUUUAACACUAUCCAGCACAGUGGUGAGCCCAUAAUAUGUUCUGUUUGCAUGUGUUUUUCAUGGUUUCUUAAUCACACCAUCAUAUAUCAUGACAUAUAUUCCAUCUGUAAGAUAAACAGAGUUAGAAUUAGAAUUCAUUCAGAUUUACCUGCUUAGAGCCUUGUCACAUGAUGCUGACGUAGACACAGUACAAGUGGCUAUUCAUUACCAUGACAAAGAAAUUAUACCUGAACCCCCAAUUCUGCCAUUAGCCACAUUUGUUCACACCCUACCAAGUUGUGAUCACACAUAUUUCCAAUUUAACCUUCAUAAUGAAAACAAGUUGCUAACAAAAGUUGCUAUAAUUUAAGUUCAUUUGUUUAUCCAUUUUCUUCUUAUUCAAUUCAGGAUUGUAGGGAGGCUAGUAUUUAAAUCCUUAAAUACAUCAAGGUGAUGAAUUCAUGGAAUGUAGGUGUGACGGCCAGUUGAAGGAUGGGAAAGAGCCAGUCCAUCUCUCCACCUAAGAAAGAGGAAAGAGAGAUAAAACAAAAGGAAAUAAAACCAGCCUGUCUAGAAAAGUCUAUUCAUUUUACAGACAAGCCGCACUCAUAAAAUUUUCAUACUAGCUCUUGCAAUGGAAUUACCUUGUUAUUAUUAAACCACCAGCUUCUACCUGAAUAAAAAACUUAUAGGCAAUUAAUUUAGGUAAAAAUCAGAUAACUGCAAAGGUAAACAGCUAAAGGUAAUAUGUCUAUCUGCCAGGUCAUUUUUAUUAUAACUGCUUCAUAUUUUAAUGUUGUUGAAACAACAACAUUGUUUCAACAACUACUUGAUGUUUUCAACAUCAGCUAGUUGCACUGCUUGUCACAGGAGUCAUUUUUGCUUCCAGCAGGAUGCAAGGGGCUGAGUACUGUAUGACAGCUGCUUAUUCAUUUCUACUCCAGGCUUUUUUGUUGUUGUUGUUUUUACUUCAGCAUAAUGUCCAAAAGGAGGCAAAAGUAAGAGGGAGGCCAGCCAUUGCACUGACAGGCUUCAUUUUAGUGCUAAACAUUAAAGCUUUUAUUAAAAUAACGUUUUUCAAAAGACUCAGUGUUUUUAUUUAGAAAUAAUUGGUAAUAUCUUUGUUAACUGGAUCUGCCAGAUAAGUCUGGAAUAUUUUGCUGUCUCUUUUUGAAAAUAAUCAUGAUUUAAGUUUAAUAUGACUUAAUCUUUCCAUUCUAGCCAAUACUACAAUUUUUUAUUUUAUUUUAUUGUUUAUGAUACCACUAGUUUUAGCCGUGAGAGGCUUGUGUUCAGUCAUUUUAGCAUACAACUCAGAGUAGCAUACAUUGCAUUAAUUCGCAUAUGCAUUGUACAAUAAUUUCACCAUGUCAAUAGGAGCUAUCAGUUCGGCAUACAGAUGACAGACAGUGGAAAUGCUUUCACUGUAGACCUACACGAUGAUCAACAGAUGCCCAGUGACACCAUUACUAUGGGUGGAAAUGCCUCUGGUUUAUUGCCACAAGAUGUUGAUCAGCAGACAUCCAACGGGACCUUUAAGAGAGAAAAAGAAGAGAACAAUAAUGGAAACUGUGGUUAUAACGAUGUUAUAAGGUUUCUAAACCUGAACAAAGACAAUAAUAACUACACUCUGACAAGGCCUGUGAAAAACUACAAUACUGUUACAGAGGUAUUACAUCUAAUGAAAGUUUUUGGCAUCCUAGAUAUGAAAGAAACCGAACAGAUCUUCAUUUCUUAUAUUUGGGUAUUUUUGAGAUGGAAAAAUGAGCACAUUUCUUGGAACCCAAAGGAAUUCUGUGGACUUGAAUCCAUAACAAUUCCUACUGAACUGUUAUGGAUGCCAGAUUUAAUUAUCGAAGAAAUGACAGAGAAGGAUAAAGCUACUACAAAUCCUUUUCUGACGAUUUAUUCAAAUGGCAAUGUCUCAUUUAGGAAUGAUCAUGUGGUAGUAAGCACCUGUAAGAUGAAUGUGUACAAAUUCCCCUUUGAUAUUCAGAGCUGCAACCUCUCCUUCAAGUCAAUGACACACACUCCUCGAGAAAUAAAUUUGAAAACACUGGAAAAUGAUAAAGUGAUAACAAGGUGGACCAAAGACUUGAUAGAAACACAGGAUGAAUGGGAGUUCCUUGACAUUACAGUCAACAACCAAACCAGUGAUUUGGACCGUUUUCAAUCUAUGCUUGUUUACACUAUUACCAUGAAGAGGAGAUCUGUCCUCUACAUUGCCAAUUUCAUUCUGCCGAUCCUCUUCUUCUUGAUUCUGGAUUUGGUCUCCUUCCUGAUCUCAGAUAGUGGGGGUGAGAAGCUCAGUUUCAAGGUGACUGUCCUGCUUGCUGUCACCGUGAUGCAACUUAUUCUCAAUGACAUUCUGCCCAGCUCUUCAGACAAGGUUCCACUUAUAGCUCUCUACUGCAUUGGGGUUUUUACUCUGAUGAUGCUCAGCCUCUUGGAAAGCAUUUUAGUGAUGCAUCUGCUUGAUAAAGACUCUGCUACACAAAACAACAAGACAGAUGGUGACCAAAGCCUAAGGAUGAAGAAAUGUUGUCACUGUGCACCUGUAUAUGAUGCAUCGCCUGAUGAAACAGAAUCUGUGACCAAAGAGGAUAGCAGCAGCAAAUUGAUGGAGGCAUCCCUUAAUCUCAAACAAGUCUCAAAUGAACUGGAAGAGAACGGGAAAACAAUGAAUCUGCUUGGCAGUAAAAGGAAAGACGUGAAGCCUGGCUACUGGACUAGAAUAGCUAAAAAAAAUCAAUAAGAUUUUCUUAAUUUUUUAUAUCACAACACUCACUGUGUUUUUGGGAACUUUGUUUUCAUUGUGGAACAGUGAAAACUACUAGGGCUGAAGUAAAAAGCAAACAAAAAAAAAAACAAAAACAUGAAGUGAUUAAGAUCAGCAUGAACUUAUUUUUAGUGUGUGUUCACCCCUGCUGUUCUUUUCCAUUGGUCCAAAUAAAACCCGUUCUAUUAAAGUGCAGGUUGAUGAUGGUUCACAGUAAUUUGCUUUAAAACCAAUCAGAAGUGUUUAAAGAGGAUAUGAAACACGACACAUAUAAAGACUAAUUUACAUCAUGGAGCCCUACUCUCAAAACUGAAAGGGGUGUAACAGUGUCUGUGAAGCUGGAUUUAAGAAAUAAGUGCUUAAAGUUUUAAAAGGAUGUUUAGCACCAUCUUCUGUCAGCACAGGAUGUUAUGUCACCAGGUCGGUUGCAGCAAAUACACUUACAUUAGUUUAUCUUAGCUAACUAGUGACAGAAUUGAUAACUUGGAGGAAAAUAAGGACACUAAACCUAAAAAUCAGUUUAAGGGGAUCAGUUUCAGGCUGCCCAUUGCUGCGAGAAACCAAGGAUAUACUGUCCACUUUGACUGUCUUUGUCUCUGGCAGUAUUUGGGUCCUUGUUAUUUGACUAGUUGCACUGAAAAGGGACAAUCCAGUGGUUAGCUGUAAUGUAACUAACAGCUUGCAGAUACUGCAUGUUCGCUGCAAUGUAAUAUCUGGUCCUUAAGCUUCUUAGUCAUUAGUUUUAGUUUGUAUUCUGUUUUUGGUUGGUGUCCGGAGUUGUUCUUUAUAUUUGAUUCUCUUCUUUAGUUUAGUCUAGCCUCUCUAGUAUCCCCUUGCAUCUUAUUAUCUACUCUAUCUCUGUCUUAGGUAUUUAUGUUGUGUUAAUUACAUUUAAUCCUGUUGGUUUGCCUUUAAAGUCUGUUUUUUUAGCUCCCUUUGAAUACAGUUUAUAGCAUAUUUAUACAAUGGGUGAAGUUAAGACAGUCUAACACAUUGUUUGUGUUGUCUGGUAUGCAGUGGAAUGGAGAACUAACUUCUCUACUUCUUUUAAAGAUUUUCUUUAAGCUCACUUAAACUUUGUAUUCAUAUGGAGAGGAACUUGAGCAAUGUCAGCCUAUAAUGGAACAUUUCAUUUCAUUAAUUUUGACACAAAUUACUGA